CCCAGUAUGGCGUUUAAAGCAACGAGCCGGUGGCAUGACUAAAACUGGGUACAGUUCGUGAAGUUGCGACAGGUAAUUGAUUUGUAGCAAUUAUAGUGUAACAUUGCUGCAAAAGUGAUCUCUAUACCUACAUUGUAGCCCACAUAUAAACGACACGGCAGAGGAGCUUUUACCGCUGAUGACCGUGCAAUGGUGAUUUCUGACUGGUAGACGUACCCUAUCGCUUAAUUAAUUGCAAAUAUUUCUAACAAACUGCACAAGUGCAUUUGGCCUUUUUCCUCAAGUCUACCAGGCUGAUUGAAUUUGCCAUGCCGCUCUACCUGUCGAACGAUGACUUCUGCUACAGGACCCCAAAAUCACUGAAACCACUACGACCCUGUCUGAACCCUUGCCUGAGGUUCAAAUCCUCUGCUUCUCCUAAACAGAUUAAAUCAGAGGGCGCUAUUCAUGAGGAGAAUGGGAAACCCAAAAGGCGAGUGUCCUUUGCCGACCACAAUGGCCUGGCCCUCACCAAGGUGAAGGUUUAUUCCCUGUUCGACGAUGCCAUUGACAUUCCACUCAACAUCACAGAUCUGUUCAGCACUGCGCUCAAAUUAACAGAUGAGGACAGACUGGUGCUGGAUUUCACCCAGCCCUCUUCUGACUACCUGCUCUUCCGCCAGCGUUUGGAGACCGAGCUUGUCUGCUUGGAAAACUGCAUGUUGAAAAAGAGGGCAUUGGCUGGAACUGUGAAGGUAAAAAACCUGUCCUUCGAGAAGUCUCUAAAGGUGCGUUUGACCUUUGACACCUGGAAAAGCUACACCGACUUGGAGUGCCAUUAUGUCAAGGACACAUACACGGGCUCGGACCGUGAUACCUUCUCCUUUGAGGUUUCCCUUCCAGCUGCACUGAUACCACACGAGAAGGUAGAGUUUGCCAUCUGCUAUGAAGUCAAUGGGCAGACAUACUGGGACAGCAACCAGGGCCAGAACUACAGGAUUAUCCGGUCUGCUCUGAAGAGUGAUGGCCAGGGUAGCUUCAGCAGUACCCAGCAGAUGCAAUCCUUUGAUUUGGGAAUUCACUUCGAUCACUACGGUAGUCCCAGGUGCUCCCAUGGGAUCUGCCCAGAGUGGCCAAGAUAUUCAGGAUAUGAGGAGAUUCGACCUUACUACUGAAAAAAAAAAAGUCAUUCUUAAAGGAAUACUUCAGGAUUUUGGCAAGAAGAGUCGUGUUAACUCGUAGAUACCAUUUGUCUCUUCGUGCAGUUUGAAGGAAGUUGCUAGCUAGCGCAAUUGCUAACUAGUGUUAGCCCAAUGACUGGAAGUCUUACGCGUAUCUGCUAGCAGAUACCCAUAGACUUUGUCACUGUGCUAAUGCUAGUUAGCAUUGGCUCGCAAAACUACCUCUAACUUCCUUCAUACUGGACACAGACAUAAAAAUGGCUCUGGGGAAGUAGAUAAUGGGCCUCAUUGCCAAAAUCCCAAAAUAUCCUUUUAGAGUGUGUUUUUGUUCAAAGGGCUGUUCCAGAUCAGUUGUGAAAAUGUUUAAUUUCUUUUAAAAUUCACUCAACAGGAGGCCAGUCUUACCAUGCUCGGUGGAACAAAAGCAAUAAGAAAAAGAAAGGGAGUGUUAUAAGGAUAUUUAGGUUUUUGGAUGGGGGCUAUAUACUCUGUGGAUGAUCAUAUUUUCAAUGCUUAGACGGGACAUUUUACUGAUUGCAUGACCGGUUUAAUAAACAGAAAUUUCUCAGUGUAGGUCUUUACUGGACCAUCUAUCUUUUGUAACUGUUCUAUGUGUUGAGAUGAGCCAUUGUUGACUCAACAGGAAAAUUACACUAACUGGUAACACUAAUUAAUAUAAUAUCAAUGUAGCCUAUUGAAUAUGAAAUAUAUUUUUUAUCACAAAAAAGAAACAAAACAAGAGAUUAUGCUUAACAACUAUCUCAUGAAAGAGAAAAGAGCUAUGGCUGAUCUAGUUCAAAAAACAACUACUUGUAUAGCUUUUCACUUAUGAUGAUCUGUGUGAUGCACAUAACAUGUAUAAAUGUCUGAAUAAUUGGAAGAACAGUGUUUCUAAUUAUGGAUGUCAAACUCUGUGAUUUUAAAUAAUCUAUUUGGAAACCAAAUGUCCAUGUCCUCUCAGGUCACAUUUCUUGAGUUCUUUAAUUUUAUGUCUGUUAAGUAAUAGACCUCAGAAUUGGAAAGGGGCCUUCAAGUCACUUCAGGAUUUGCACCAUACGUUUGUACAAAGUUCAUUCUGGUGUGGUUGUGUUAUUAAUUCCUUCCAUUUUUAAAGGAGGGAAUGGUAGGAAUUAAUUUGGGAGUCAACUUAAGAAAUGCACAUUUGUCUGCUCAUGUUUUCAUUUACUCCAAUUGAAAUGUUUUACUGUGUUCACUAUGCUGCUUGAUGUAAAUGUCAUUGGAUAUGUUUUUAAAAACAAGUAUUAGGAUGGAUUUUGUAGGUCAGAUAUUUUAUCUUUUUAAGAUGCUGUAUUAUAUUGAUUUUGAAAAUGUGAAAUAAAUGUUCAGAGAUCAAUA